AAUAAUAUAUUACCACUAAUAUGGUAUCAUAUUAGCAAGAAGAUAGCAAGAAGAUAGUAAGAAGAUAUAUUUUUGGAAAGUAAUCAAUGUCGAAACUAAAAGUUAGGGUAUACUUCAAAUUUCAUCUCUCGUAGCACUCAUGCGAACUUAUUCAAAGAAACUCGAAUAUGUUUGUUUCUUCAUAUGUACGAACUCGGAACAUCAUUAAGGCAUUGAUAUAAUUUCAUGUAAAAACUAAUGUUUAUAUUUCGAAUGGAGGAGGAUGCAUUGAUGAAGAGUAAACAAAAAUUUAAUAUGAGGAACAUAUAUACGUAAGGAGAAUUGAGUUUAAGAAACAUACGAAUUGUGAUAAUCGGGGAAGAGAGUCUAGACGUUGAUUUUUCAAAAGAGGGGGAAGGAUCUGCAAGUGUUCGGAGAUUACUGAAACAAUAUUUUCGGAGGGAAUUGACUUGUAAAUGUAGCUUGAAAGCACACAUUCCUCAUAGUAUUUAGACAAUUGCGGACGAAUCGGUAUAUAACGAGCGGCCGCGAGGGAAGAUCAUCAAUAUUCGAAUUCACAAUCGAAGAUGAACAUCCUAACGAUACUCGCGACAACACUUCUUCUGAGUGGCUUCGCCACGGCAGCAGAAAGCUCAAGCUCAAGCUCCGCGGCAUCUUCGGCUUCAUCAUCAUCCUCAGAGAGUAGAGGACAGUUGUUGCUUCCGUUAGAAAGGAGUUCUACCAGAAGCUUACUGGAUUUGGUGAGCAGUGCUAGGAGCAAUGCUGCGAUAACCGCAUCGUCCGCAGCCGCUGCAAAGGCAACUCUUCGAGCGAGUAAAGCCGCGAAUUCCGCUCAAGGAGAAGCUUUGGCACAGGCGACUGCUUCUGCGGCUUCGAAUGCAAAGGCACGCGCAACCGCGGCCGCUGCAGCGCAAGCCACUAACGCAGCCGUUAACGCGCAAGGGAAGGCUUCCGCGCAAGCUAUUGCAACGGCGGAAGCAGCAGAAGCUCUGACUAAAUCGGCACUCCAAGCCCAGUCCGCUGCGAGCAGCUCUAAAUCAGAGGCAGCCCAAGCUUCAACCUCAGCUAAUGCCGGAGCUAGUGCUCUUGCGACUGCUUCUGCUCAGGCCUUAUCCGCGAAGAAGGCAGCCCUGGCCUACGCCUCUGCUGCCGCUGACGCAAACACCGCAGCGGCCAAGGCUCGUGCCGCAGUUGCUGCUGCAGAAGCAGCCACUCGUACAGCAGUACAAGCCGAAAGAGACUCCACAAAUGCAGCCUCUCUCGCGGCUAAAGCCCAAGCUGAAGCCAGAGCUGCUGCAGCCGCUGCUGCAGCAGCGAGACUCGCCGCAUCAGCAGCCGCCGAUGCCAGCGCUCAAGCCGAUGCAAGAGUCAGAACCGCUUCCAUUGAAGCUGCCGCCAGCACUCGUACCAAAGCAUCCAAUGCUCAAGCCACAGCCGAGGCUGCAGCCAUAGCCAGGAGCAGCUCCAGGGACGCACAAGCAAACUGGGUUGACAACAGGUCUUCUGCAUCAUCGUCCAGUGCAUCGGCCAGUGCAUCGGCUAGUGCAUCAGCCAGUGGAGAAGCCGAUUCAGAAGCCGAUUCAGAUGCUAUUGCAUCAGCUCGUUCAGCAGCCGAUUCUAAUAUUGGUUCAUCUUCCGGUUCAGCCGCCGAUUCAGCCGCCGGUUCAUCCGCCGGUUCAGCUGCCCGUUUAAGUGCCGGUUCUGCAGCCGGUUCAAUAGCUCGUUCAGCUGCCGGUUCUGCAGCCGGCUCAUCAGCUGGUUCAGGAGCCGGUGCAUCAGCUGAAGGUUCCUCCAGUGCCUCCUCCGGUGCCUCCUCCGGUGCUUCCGCCGGAGCCUCCGCUGGUGCCUCCGCCGCUGCUUCUGCCGAUAAUUCCGCCGAUAAUUCUGCCGAAGCUCUUUCUAGCUCCUCCGCCGAAUCUUCGUCGUCCUCCUGGUCUUCUUCCAGCCAGAAUAUUUGGUCCCAGGAUUGUGACAAGUGCACGGUAUAUAAUCGCGUAUUCGUAUAUGAUUCAGUAUCAAUCUGCGAAGUACCAUACAAGAUGAACGUACAAGCGACACUCGUGCUUUGCCUGCUCGCAUUGUUCGGCAGCGUGGCCCAAGGUGGGCCAUCAAGGUUGUCUGAAACCAGUGAUUCGUCCGCAGCAUCUUGGUCCUCGAGUUCGUCUUCAAGCUCGUCCUUGUCCUCGUCUCUGGCUUCGGAUUCUGCUUCUUCUUCUGCUUCGGCUUCGGCUUCGGCUUCGGCUUCGGCUUCAGCAAGUUCGAGAAACGAUAACAGUAGAGUUAAGGCAUGGAAGAAGGGUAGAGGAGGUAGCGACAGCUUGGUACUGUCGAGUGAUUCAUCAGAAGAUUCAAAAGCCAGGGAACUCCUCGAGACAGACGCUGGAUUGGGUGCGGCUGCUGCGUUAGCAAGAGCUACCGCGGAUGCCCAAGCUAGAACAGCAGCAAGCGCCGAUGCUACGGCUAAUAAGGCAACUGCAAAGGCUCUUGCAUUAGCCGAGGCUGCUGUAAGGGCGGAAAAUGCAGCGAUUCUAAGGAUCCGUAGGGCCUUAUCGGCAGCGCAAGCUCUCGUCUCGGCAUCCAAUCGUGCAAAGGCCGCAGCUAGAGCUGCGAGGGAAGCUGCUGCGAACUCUGCCGCGGCUGCCGCAAAAGCUUCCACUAAUCAAGUGAAAGCCAACGCUGACUCGCUUGUCGCCAACAGAGCUGCAGCCGCUCUUCUUGCUGCUGCCGAGGAAGCCCUCCAGAAAGCCAGUGCUUCGCAGAAUGCAGCAGCUGAAGCUGCUGCGAAAGCUCGUGCCGCAGCUAACGCGAAUGCCGCAACCACCAGAGCCGCGGCCUCGGCCAUACUCGCCGAAGCUCGUGCCAGAGUAGCUAUCACGAAAGCAGUUGCCGCUCAAUCAACGGCCUCCGCUCAGGCUUCUUCCGCCUCUCAAAUACAAAAUCGUGCGAAUAACCUACAAGCCCAAAUUGCUUCUUUAGCCCAAUCCAGGGCAGAAGCCGCAAUAGCUGCAGCCGCGGCACAAGCUGCCGCUGUCGCAGAAGCUAACAGUCAACUCGCUCGUCUCAGCAAGUCAUCUGCAGGUGCCUCCAGCGAGGGUUCGGCUUCAGCCUCGGCAUCAGCCUCGGCAUCAGCCUCUUCGAGUAGUAGCAUUUUGCCUAAGAUAGGGCAAUGGCAAAAAGCAGCAAAAGCAGAUGCAUUAACGAUUCGAAAAUUGUGGUUGUCACAAAGCUACGAAGUCCUGCGAAAGAUGAAGAUCCCCUCGAUUCUCGUAACGUGCCUUUUUACCUGGGGCUUGGCUGCCGGGAAUAGCAGCUCGUCCGCGGAAUCUUCGGCAUCGGCGACAGCGUCUUCAGAUGCGUCCUGGAGUACGUCAUCGAGAUCGUCAGCUAUUGGUAGAGCACCGAACGUGAUCUUGAAUAGGGCACCUCAAUUAGGAGCUAGCGCGGCAGCGAUCGCAUCGGCUCGAGCCAGUGCCUCAGCAAAUGCUGCAUCAGACGAAAAAUCUGCCCGAGAAACGCGAGCAACCGCUUUGGCCAGAUCAAGAGCUGCUGUUACGGCGGCAGCACGAGCAGCCGCAAGGACGCAAGAAGCCGUCGCGGCGGCAAAAGCCGCAAGUAGGGCCCAAGCGCUUGCUGCUGCUAAAUCUUCGGCGGCAAUUUCUGCAUUGGCCGCUGGAGAGGCUGCCGCCCAAAAAGCGGACGCCGCAGCUCUUGCCGCAUUGAUUGCUAAUCAGAGAUCUGCCAAAGCCGCAGAAAAUGGUUUAGCAGUGCAGAAUCGUGCGAAUGGAGAAGCGGAACAGGCAAGUCGUGCGGCUGCUGCUAACCUUGCCGCGGCCAUCCGUACACGAGACAAUGCUCUCGAAACGAGAAAAGAAGCAGCUCGAUUGAAGGCACUAGCCACAGCUGCCGCUAACGCUAAUAACAAAGCGACCAGUCUUGCCGAAGCUUCUGCGAACCAAGCAGCUGAAGCAAGCUCCGCUGCCGAGGAUACUUCUUCCGCUCAAUGUGCUGCGGUCGCUCAAGCUGAGGCCGCUGAAACGCUCAACGUAAAUCUCGCUAUACUCGAGAGCACCCAAUCCUCCAGACAGGAUUCCAACGUGGCCAAAGCUGAGGCUUCCGCCGCAGCCAAGGCCUCGGCUGGCACUGCCACAAGAGAUGGAGUCGACCUUGGUCUCGCCUCUGAUGCUGGUGCAGCUGCUCAACUAAAAUCCCAAGCCGCAGCAUUGGGACGAGCAAGUAGCAGAAUUAGUUCCGGUCCUGCGUUAUCCGCAUGGAAAUGGAGGAACGAAGAAUCUUCAGAAUCGAGUAACGGUGCAGGUGCAUCAAUCGACGAAGACCCUACGAAGAUGAAGUAUCUCUCAACGCUCGUGUCGUCGCUCUUGUUGGGAGCCUGUGUGCUCAGUGUCCAUGCCGACAGAUCGUGGGCAGCAUCGGAUGCAAAUGCUGAAGCUUCAGCCGCAGCGGAAUCGUCAUCUCUUUGGGAAGAUUCAUCCAGUGCAAGCGCGGGGGCGUCAGCCGCAGGGGAAUCGUCAUCUCUUUGGGAAGAUUCAUCCAGUGCAAGCGCGGGAACGUCAGCCGCAGGGGAAUCGUCAUCUCUUUGGGAAGAUUCAUCCAGUGCAAGCGCGGGAACGUCAGCCGCAGCGGAAUCGUCAUCUCUUUGGGAAGAUUCAUCCAGUGCAAGCGCGAGAGCAUCAGCCGCAGCGGAAUCUUCAUCUGCCUGGGAAGAUUCAUCCAUCGCAAAUGCGAGAGAAUCAGGGGCAUCGGGAUCGUUAUCUAGCUGGGAAGAUUCAUCCAGUGGAAGCGCUAGCUCUAGCACAAGCGCAAGCGCUAGCUCUAGCUCAAGUUCUAGCUCUAGCAUUAGCUCCAGCGCUAGCUCUAGUUCUAGUGCUAGUGCCAGCGCUAGUACAGAAACAUCUAACGAAUCAAGAAGGGGUAUCGCCAUUGAGGGAGCCCUUGUAGGUACGGGGGCUGCAAGUACGGCUGCGGCAUCCGCAGAAAUGCUUUCGAACACUUUAGGAUUGGGUCAAUCUGGUCUUCAAGCACAAACAGCAUCCGUAAUGCAGGCUAACAUUGCCAGCGAUGCCAGCAACCAAGCUAAUCGAUUGGCGACUGCCGCAGCAGCAGCGAUGUCAGCCGCAGCUUCCGCUCAAGAGAACGCUGCGUCGUUAGCUCGAGCUUCGGCCAGUGCGUCUGAAAGUGCAGCUAGUGCCUCAUCGAGGGCCGAGGCGAGCGCCGAAGCAGCUAAAUCGUCUGCGGAGAAAUGUUUAUUGCUCGCACAAAACUCCGCACAAGCGCAAGCUCGCGCGACUGAACAAUCAGAGUCCUCGAACAGAGACUCGGCUGCCAACGCGGCCGCCGCCGCGGAAGCCGAAAGGAAGGCCAUUUUGGCUCUAAAAGCUAUAGCUGAUGCCAAGGCCAAGGCUGGUGCAGCCGUUGCCGCUCAGUCGGAGGCUGCUGCGGCAGCCGCAGCCGCUGCAAAAGCACGCGCCGAUGCCGAAGCAGGUGCUAGUUUGGCCGCGGCAGCGCGUGCCGUCGCCGCAGCCGAAGCUGCUGCUUCCAGACGAAAUGAUCGUCAAGCUGGUAUAGCUCAAGCCGGAGCAUCCGCCGCAGCCGAGACCAGAGCGCUUGCAUCCUCCGCUGCAGCCACCGCUAAAGCAGCCGCUUACGCUAAUGCCGAUAUCCGAGCACUUUCCGCAGCUGCUCUAGAAUCCUCCAUAUCUUCGUCCUCUAGCGCUAGUGCUUCUAGUGCAUCCUUAUCCACCAGCAGUGGUUCCAGCAGCGGUUCCAGCAGCGGUUCCAGUAGCGGUGCCAGCAGCAGUGCCAGCAGCAGUGCCAGCAGCAGUGCCAGCAGCGAUUCUAGCAGCGAUUCCAGGAGCGAUUCCAUUAGUCUCCUAGGAGAUGAUGCUUCAUCCAGUGCCAGCAGCGCAGCUGAAGCUGAGAGUAGAACUAGCUCGCUGAUCUUAAACUAACCUCUCUUCCUUUGAUCAGAACCGUCCGUCCAUCUAUCCACCGAUGGAGUAUCCGAAGAAAUGCGAGUUCGAGCUUACUUUCCACUAAACUAGAUUCACGAUUAUGCUCAAUAAUAAAUCUUUGAUGGAACGAAUACCUGAAAGAUAUUUUAUAAGUGAAAUUCUCAUAAAUGAAUUCUUGCA